ACAAUAUUUCUUGAACAGUAAACAGUUAUUGCUCAAAUGAUCAAGAGAAUUGUAUUUGAAAAGAAUGCAGUUUCUUAGAAGUCUAUCCGUGAGAACUUUGAUGUCAUGCCCAAUCUUCAAGUGCACUACUUGUUAGUGGCUUUAUUGCUUAAGAUAUGAUUCAAUAGUUGUUGAAUGUUGCUCUCCAAUGUAUGAAGCUGCUCAGUGAUGUGAUUAAGCAGAGGAAGGGGCAUCAGACAAUCUGAACACAUAGUAGUGUAAGAGAAGAGACAUGAGCACUCUUUCAUCAGAACACCGUGGUCUCCUUCAAGCCAUCACCACUAUCCUCACCUCCGGUCAGAAUCACUUCCACCAUCUCGAACCCUACAUUCCCCAUCUCCACAAUCACACACUUCUCCUCUCUGUUCUCUCCUCCAAGCCUCUCACUCCUUAUCCUGCUACGCUCUUGUCCUUCUUCAAGUGGCUUAAGGUCCAUGCACCUGCUGUUGUUUCCAAUACCCCACAGCCUCUCCUCACUCUUCUUCCUCAUCUUUUCAGCCGCAGCAUGUUCACUGAUGCCAAGUCACUUCUUGUCUCCUUUAUCACCUCUGAUCGCCACCAUUUACUCCACACCUCCAUUCUUCACCCAAAUCGUUGCCUUCCCAGAAGCACUAAAGCCUUGCUUGAUACCUCCAUUGGAGCUUAUGUUCAAGCUAGCCAUCCGCACCUUGCUCUUCAAAUUUUCUACAAGAUGAAGCGUCUUGGGUUUCGACCUAAUUUGCUCACUUGCAAUACACUUAUCAAUGCGCUGGUAAGAUACCCAUCGUCACAUUCUAUUCUUUUGUCUGAAGGAAUCUUUAAGUAUGCUAUUAAACUUGGGGUGAAACCCAAUACCAACAUGUUUAACAUAAUGAUAUAUGGAUAUUGUGCGGAUAAUAAGUUCAAGGCAGCUAUUCAGUUAAAGAAUCUGAUGAGUAAAUUUGGAUGCUCCCCUGAUAAUGUCACUUAUAAUACCAUUUUGAAUGCACUUUGUAUGAGAGGUCAGCUACAUAAAGUUCGAGAAAUGUUGCAAGACAUGCAAGUUAUUGGCUUAAUGCCAAAUAGAAACACAUAUAACAUUUUGAUCCAUGGAUACUGUAGAUCAAAAAAUGUAAAGGAAGCUGCCCGGGUUCUUGAGUUGAUGACACGAAAUAAUAUGUUGCCAGAUGUUUUUACUUACAAUACAAUGAUAAGGGGCUUUUGUGUUGAAGGUAAGAUUGAUGAGGCUAGUAGGGUUCGAAAUGAGAUGGAGAAUUUGAAAUUGAUACCUGAUGUUGUUACUUAUAAUACGUUGAUUGAUGGUUGUUUUGAGUGGCGAGGCAGCGUAGAAGCAUUUAAGUUAAUUGAAGAAAUGAGAGUUAAAGGGGUCCAGCCCAAUGGAGUGACUCACAACGUAAUGGUUAAGUGGUUCUUUAAGGAAGGUAAGAUUGAUGAAGCAAAGAAGACUUUCAUGAACAUGGUAGAAAGAGGGUUUUCUCCAGACUCUUUUACGUAUAAUACGAUGAUUAAUGGUUAUUGCAAAGCUGGAAAGUUUGGAGAAGCAUUUAGGAUGAUGAAUGAAAUGUUAGCAAAGAGAUUGAAAACUGAUACUGUUACGCUUAAUACCAUGUUACAUGCUUUGUGUGUGGAGAAGAAGCUUGAAGAGGCAUAUGAGUUAACUAUGAAGGCCAGCAAGCGAGGUUAUAUUCUUGAUGAAGUAACCUAUGGAACUCUAAUUAUGGGAUACUUUAAGGAUGAACAAACAGAAAAGGCUCUGAAUCUCUGGGGCGAGAUGAAAAAGAAAGGUAUCAUCCCUAGCAUUGUCACCUAUAACACAUUAAUUAAAGGUCUUUGCAUGCAUGGAAAAGCUGAUCAAGCAGUGGAGAAAUUGAAUGAGCUCCUAGAGAGAGGCUUGUUUCCUGAUGAAAUUACAUACAACAUAAUUAUUCUUGGCUACUGUUGGGAGAAAAUGGUGGAUAAAGCAUUUCAAUUCCACCGCAAAAUGGUUAAGAAUUCUUUCAGGCCAGAUAUCUUUACAUGUAACAUUCUUCUCUGUGGACUUUGCCGGGAGGGCAUGCUUGAGAAGGCUCUUAAAUUUUUUGACACAUGGAUCUCUAAAGGGAAGCUUGUUGAUACGGUUACAUAUAACACAUUGAUAUCUUCCCUUUGCAAAGUGGGAAGGCUUGAUGAGGCGUUUGAUCUUUUGACUGUAAUGAAAGAAAAAGACCUGGGGCCUGAUCAUUAUACUUAUAAUGUUAUUGCUGGUGCACUUAUUAAUGCCGGCAGAACAGAGGAAGCGGAGUCUUUCAUGUCAAAGCUUAAAGGGACAGAGCAAGAUGAGAAAAUUCUUGAUACUUCCCAAGAGCCUGAUUCUUGUAGUGCAACGUACUCUGAUCUUAUAAGUGAUUUGUGCACUCAAGGGAAGUAUAUAGAGGCGAUGAAAUUAUUUCAUGAAUCAGAGCAGAAAGAUGUUACUAUAAACAAAUAUGCCUAUAUCAAGCUAAUGGAUGGGAUCUUGAAGAGGCGAAAAAGCAUAUAAAGGUCUCUUGAUUAGAGUGGUCCACAGGUUGCAACUUGCAAUUGACAAUGCAGUGGACUCUUAAGAGCUGAAUUCUCAAUAUUGGAAAUAUUGUCGUCAAAUUGACGUGGCUUUUCUUUGCUGCUCUGUCUCCGGUUAAGUGUUUCGCUUUUCUCUGAAGGAUUGGAGACUGUUCCCCCCAUUACUUAUUAGUUUUAUUUAGGAGUUCUUUCACGUUGUUUUCUCUUUUUGAGGAUUUCAUAUCUUCUAACUUAAGGCAGUCUCUUUCUUUUUUUUUUUUUGGUUGAAAAAGGAAUCAACAUAUGCUCAUGAUAAAUGCAUUCUAUACUAAUAUGUGUGCACAUGAACUGUUCUAAACUAACAUAAUGGCUACAGCAGAUGGUUUACUGUUUCUUUGUUUCUUUGGGAGUAAAAGGUUACCACAUCGAGUCAUACAAGUGAAAAAAUUUAAUGCUUGGAGCAUUGAGCUCAGUGUACAUGUUAGAUGACAAGUGAAUUUUAAAUUCUACGGGAGGUUGUCAAUUGGUUUUUCUAAACACACGUUCAUAAGUAGCUGACUAGCCCCUCAUCAGAAUCUCCCUUAUCUUAUUUAAAAUAAUGAUGAAAGGGUGAUGUCUUGAAUGCUCUUUUGCAAUCACAGUUUAGAGCAACACGUUAACUGUUCUGCGUCCUUGGUUCCCGCAGAAAUUUAGGCCCUUUAGAUUUUCAUCAGCUUGGUUGAGGUUCUAUGUAAAUAUCCACGAUGAUUUGUUGUUUCAUUUGUCUAUAUGUAAGCAAAAUAAGUUUUUAUUGAGAAGGAAUAUUUCUUAAAUUCUGAAAUGCUUUGUUGUGUUCAUUUUGUGGUCUUUGGGUUUGCCAACCACCAUAUCAGCAUAAUUUAGAUGUGAUUCAUUUCAACUUGCACCUGCAAAUUUUCCAUUGGGGGGGAAAAAAAAGUUCAUUUAGUUUUUUCACCUACUUAAGAGAGAGAAUUUAUUUCAAAUCAAAUUACAUGGAGUAACUAUAGUUUCUUCAGUUCUCGGGGAAUCAAAAGGCUUCAGCUUAACUCGGUGUUCUACCAUGAAGGAUGGUUUUUUUUAGCUUCCGGGCCACAUAAAAAGGUCAAAAUCAAGCAGAGGGUCAGGAAGCUUUGGGAACUGUGCAAUAUUUUGUAGUGGACUAACCAUUUUUGAUGAGGGCACAAGGAUGGUUUCACUGUUAUACCACCAUCACUGGCACAUUGCAAACCUCUUUUCUCUUAGGCCCCCAAGAAAACUGGCCUCAUCAUUGCCCAAUGUGAAGUUCCGACGAACAAGCCAGAAAAGAAAACAUGACAUUGAUUUGGUGGAGCAAAUAAACAGUAAAUAAGAGGCUUGGUUCUCAACGAGUGAAAUGGUGUUCAGGUUAACCAGUUUAGGGGGACACAGAAUAGACAAUUAGACAUACUUUAUGUGCACUCGGACAAGUUAAGAUCAAAACAAUUCCAGGAACAUAGACGGGAGCUUGCGGCUACGUGUUAUUACGAUUACUGUGAUAAGGUGCAUAAUUUCAUAAAAUAAUCGGCAAAUGGAUUGGAGAAAUACUAUUGAACUAAAGUAGAUUUGUGCUUUUGUCUGUUUAUUUUAGACUUGAUAUUUGUUGUGAACCCCUGUUAUAAUAUUUUUAUUAUAUGUUAGACACGUCUUGCUUU